CGGCAAGAAAAGAGGGGGUUGCUGCAUAAUUGCUUUUGCUUGUCCUUCCUUCUCCGAACGUUUAGGGCUGGAAGGGGGUGAGGAGAGGGGGGUAUAUAAGCUUACAGCUGAGCUUCCCGCGGAGCUUCACUAUCUGCCCACACACACUGUACAGUAUAGUACAAUAGAGUACAGCACAUACCGAGUUGCUGGCUGCACUGAACCACCCUCUACCCCUCAAAUCCCCAAGAUCACAGCCCAGCCCUACCCAGACAAAAUGCCCCAAGACCCCCAAGACCCACCCCAAACCCACGACCUCGACGCCCUCGUCGUCGGCACCGGCUUCGCCGGUAUCUACGCCCUGCACACCCUGACCCAAGACGGGCUGCGUGUGCAGGCGAUCGACCAGGCCCGCGACGUGGGCGGCACCUGGUACUGGAACCGGUACCCGGGGGCGCUCAGCGACACCUGGAGCUAUCUGUAUCGGUACAGCUUCGACGCCGAGCUGCUGCGCGACUACCCGGCGGCCAACCGGUACUCGACGCAGCCGGAGAUCCUGGAGUACUUGAAGCAUGUGGUGGCGCGGUACGAUCUGCGGCGGCACAUGCGGUUCGAGACGGUGAUGGAGGGGGCGGCGUGGGAUGAUACGAUCAAAAAGUGGCGGGUGCGGUGUCGGGACAUUUCCAAGACGGACGAGGGCAAGGGAGAAGUGCAGUACACGUACACGGUCCGGUACCUGGUGACGGCGCUGGGGCUGCUGCACGAGCCGGUCAUCCCGGACAUCCCGGGCCUGAAGGAGGGCGUGUUCCAGGGCGAGGUGGUGCACACGGCGGCCUGGGACCCUCAGACGUCGCUCGCGGGGAAACGCGUGGGUGUGAUCGGGGUCGGCUCGUCCGGGGUGCAGGUCGUGACGGCGAUCGCCAGCCAGGUCGCAUCCCUGCACGUCUUCAUCCGCCGGCCGCAGUACAGCGUGCCGGCCAACGACCGGCCGCUGACGCCCCCGGAGCGCGCCGCCAUCAACGCGGCGUACCCGGCGCUGUGGGCGGACGUGCGCGCCUCGCACCUGGGGAUGGGGUUCCCGGAAUCGUCCCGCAAGUUCAUGGCCGUGAGCCCGGCGGACCGCGAGCGGAUCCUCGAGACCCUGUGGCGCGAGGGCAACGGGCUGCAGUUGAUGUUCGGCGGGUUCAGCGACCUGACCACGGACGCGGCGGCCAACGCGGAGGUGUGCCGGUUCCUGCGCCGCAAGAUCGCCGCCGUCGUCACGGACCCGCGCAAGGCCCGGGUGCUGACCCCCACGGAGCCGUACGCGCGCCGCCCGCUCAGCGACGCCGGCUACUACGCGCAGUUCAACCGGGCCCACGUGCACGCGGUGGACGUGCGGGCGCACCCGAUCACCGCGGUCGAGGCGCACGGCCUCCGCACGGCCGACGGGACGCUCUACGAGCUGGACACCCUCGUCGUGGCGACCGGGUUCGAUGCCCUGGACGGCAGCUACGCGCGCGUGCACAUCCGGGGCCGCGACGACGACGCCGACGAUCUCCACGAGCGCUGGCGCCGCACCGGGUCCGCGUGCUAUCUCGGCUGCGCCGUGUCCGGGUUCCCGAAUUUGCUGCUGGUGUCCGGCCCCAUGGCCGCGUUCGCCAACGUGCCGCCGCUCACCGAGACGAACGUCGAGUUCCUGCGCGACUUGAUCCGCCGCGCCGAGGCCAUCACGCGCCGCACCGGCACCCAGUGCGAGAUCGAGGCCACGCAGGCCGCCGAGCGGGCCUGGACCGAGCAUUGCGAUGUCACCGCGCGCAAGACCCUCUUCGCCCAGGCCCCCUCCUGGAUGUUCGGCGCCAAUGUCCCCGGGAAGCGCCCCGCCAGUCGGCUGUAUUUCGGCGGGCUGGGCCCGUUUCGCGCCAAGUUGGCGGAGGUCAAGGCGUGCGGGUGGGUCGGGUUUAAGGAGCCGUUGGGGACGGCGGGGGUGUUGCGUUCGCAUUCGCAUCUUUAG